UUUCGAUUGUAAUUUUGUAAAAUUUAGCUGGAUAACUUAAUUACGAAUAUCAUUUUCUCGAUCGUGAAAGAGUUUAACGACCGACGUAUUACACCUCGUCUUUCAAAAAAACCAGAGUAGAGAAGGCGAGUCGAGACUAAUUACUUUGAUCCGGUCGAUCUAUCGCGAUCGAAUUAAACGAACGGAUUACGUCACGAACAUCGAAGACCAAGAAGAAGGAAGAAAAAAGACGAACGUUGAGGAGGGGAUUCGUGGGAAGGGAGGGGCGGGAGACUGGGCGAAAAGAGGCGCGUCGUGUAUGGUCUUGUUGUUGUUGUAUCCAGCGGCAAGCCUAGUCGAAUUUCUCCCUCAUCUGCGCUGUCGGUUGGUGCGAGCGUACAGUCGCGUUUCUACGUGCGUAUUCACCGUGUCGUGUCAUAUGGACGCAUCGCGCCGUUGUCGAAUACGCGGCGGUACGUUGGCGGGAAUCUGAGCCAGCCUGGCCGCGGAUAAACGAUAAGGGGGCAAGGAAAUCGGCAGUGACGAUUGUAGGAUUCAUCUAUCAAAAAUAAAUGCUCGAAGAAUCGUUUAUCGAAUAGCUUUGUCGGUACAAAGAUUUGCUUAUUCGGCGUGACACGUAUGAUUCUCUCUAUGUAAUUUUAGAAACGAAAAAGAAUUUCCAACUAUUUGUAGCGGUAUGAUGUGAAUUACGGAGGGGCUGAUAACUCGCGCGAUAAAUCUCGGUAAAUCGUUUCGAACGUUGAGAGGUGGAAAUUGUCAAUUCUCAACAGAAGGCGAAACUAGAAUAUAAAAGGAUUAGGUUAGACGGAGUAAUUUCUUUGUUGCAAUUCGACGAGCUUUGUGAAUUGGGUGGACGAAAAGACAGGAAGAAGGAGGUAACGAGGAGACGGCGGUGAUCUAUUUGUGGAUCGAUUAGUCGCGUGAAAAAAAAAAAAAAAGACCGAAAAGUGAGAUUCGAGAAAAGGUGUCUUGUGCAAGGAAGGUGCUCUCUACCGUACUUCGGAAUAUCGAAAUGGCGGAAGAAAGAAGGAAGCAAAGCGUCGUUGAAAUAAUUACGAGCCGUCAGGCAAAGGGGCACGAUAGGUUGAUGUCCGAGAAUUAAAAAGGCUGCUGGAAUAAUUCAAAUUCAGGAAAAAGAAAGUGCGACGCGUGUGAAGAGUGAGAAGUUGUAAAAAAUUGGAGCAAAAGUUGGCGGUAAUCGUCGCGUAAUCGUCGUGUAAUAGAGAAAAAUGGGAAAAGAAGAAGCAGCGGAAUAGUAACACGACCGAAAAAGAUAAAACGAACGAAAUUUGAAGGAUCUAGAUGCGUUUGUGAGUUAAGUUAGGUACGAAUCUCUGAUCUUUCGCUAAUAUCGUAUAUGAUGAUAUCGCAAUUUUGUGCGCGUGUGCGCGCGUGCGUGCGUGCUUGGGUGUGAAUGAAUGGAUUUAUCGUUGAUAUUUAUCGUUGAGAAAGGGGAGGAACCGCGAAUUAAAUAGAUGGGCUUUCUUUUAUGCAAAUUCGAGAAACAAACAGGUAUGUAAAAAUAAUUCGUAAUUGAUAAUGUGAUAUAAAGGAAGACAAAAAGAUGAAAAGAUAGAAAAUAUACGCGUUUUAUAGAAAGCUCUGGUAUAAAAAUAUCAAUGAAAAAUAAACGAAACUUGCUUUCCUAACACUGCGAAUAAAAGAUAAAUUGGAAACAUCUCGGAACAAGUAAGAACGAGGAAGAGGGAGGAACAACAAGGAAGAAACUCGAAGCUUCGAAUUGAAAGGAAAUAUGUAAAACACGCAGUAGAAAUGGAGCCGUGAAAUCAAUCGCGAUAAUUUGGAAGGUGAGAGAUUAGCAAUUUGCUGCACCUGCGCCGAUAGGUUAUCCGCUGCAUGUGACGGAACGACGGGAAGAUUUUGAUCAACGGAACCACGAGAAGAUUUUGAUCAACGAACCGAGAAGAAAUUGAGAUUAAAGUUGCCCUUAAACUGACGCUGCUGCUCCAUCUGAUUCGAAACAAUAGAGCUACCUUGUAAUUGAGGAUUAUCCGAAUGCAGUUGGAUGCGUGCAACACAUAAUCGAUCGGAGACGGCUUACACGAAUUGUACGAAUUGAAUUUUACGAAGAUCGACGCCGAGUAACGACGAGUAACGACGAGUAACGACGAGUAACGACGAGUAACGAUGUCUGCCGACCACGCAAAUUCCAACACACGCAUUAAAAGUUUAUAACGCAACGACGUCUCAUUAACGGACGAAGAUUGCCGAUUCGACAAACGAUUCUCGUGAAAAGGCGGUUCUCGUUUGUACGUUUAUCAUUUCCACUUGUACAUUACUGUUUGUUUUCUUCGUGUCGUUUAACGUUAGCAUCGGAUCGGGAAUUUACGCGAUAAGGCGAUACACGUACAGAGAAUAAUAUAAUAAAAAUAGAGAAAUAAAUAAAAUAGUAAAAGAAGAAAAGCAAAUAAAUAGAGGAACAAAGGAAUAACGGUUGAGAAAGCAGAGUGUAUUUGGUCAAAUAAUUCCACGUAUAACGGCCAGAAGUCGUGUGGGUUCUUGGAAAAUCCGACCGAAGAUGAGACUUACUCGAGUCAAGGUCUCCAAGUAUACAUAGCAGCAGAAUCGUCGAGCUUCGUGCUUUUCAGAGUUUGUUGGAAGUUGUGUGAACGAGCAACGGUCAUUUUGAUGCUUGUCGAUACUUGGGUUCGCGAUUUAGAUCCUUUCCUUUUUCGUUGACCAACGAGUUUGAUUGGCUUAACAGCAAAUAACGGCAAAUAACGGCAAAUAACGGCAAAUAACGGCAAAUAACGGCAAAUAUUCGUUACCAAGCUUCGUACAAGCUUAAUAUUUAAUACUUCAACUGUUGUUAAUAUCUCAGCUGUUGUAACGGUCGGUGCAACGUUCAAGUCGAAUAUCGAAUAUCUAGUUUAGUAGGACACCGACAUCUCUCAUCUUUAAUCGUAAAAAGCAGCAGUUGAGUGCGAUUUUCAGCGGAACGAUGUCGGGUGAAAUCGGUGGAAUUAUGCAGCGAUCAGUUUCGACAUAUUCAAAGUACUGUUCGUGUUCGACGCUAACGAGAAAUUUUCUUCUCUUGUGGUUGCUGUCUCUGUCAGCCGGUGUCGCUUCUUCCUUCAACAAAUGUUGCCCAUUUGGAGAAGUUUUCUCAGGGAUGUCGAAAGUGGAUUGCGUUGCGUCUCCACGUGCUCCGCAAAUCGUUGCCAGUGAUCCUACUAACAAGAACGUAACUUACGGCCAACUUCCUAUUUGCCAGAAGCCUGAAUAUAUUACCACUCUGUCUCUUGAUGAAAUCAACUCUGCUGAUAUUUUACAGAGUCCGUACUGUAUCGAUAUUCUGUACAACGAUAUCACUCGGGUCGUUGUUCCGACACUCGUGCAUUGUAAAUCGAACGAAGACAAGGAUCGAACACGUCCAUUCCCAAAAGCACCAUCCUUAUCGGAAUUUUUAAACGUCAGAAAAUGUUGCUCGAAUAAUACAGUUUUUAGCGUAGUAACGGGAGGCUGUGAAUUCGAUCGUUAUUACUCGAAAACGAACCAUUUCUUGCCGUUACUCGCUGAUUACUUACGAGAAGACGAGCAUUUUCCGAACCUGGAGUUAUUUCUGCUUCAUACAGGCAUGCCCAAAUGUUCUUCAGGCGCGAUCUUCACGCACGAGAUCGAUUCAGUAGACAUCAUCAAUGGAACUUUACAGGUGACACUGGCGACAGGAAAAAACGAAUCCGCGGAGAGUUUCUCCAUCACCGAACGAAACUCCUGUCUGGAAUUGAUGCCGUACUUGCGAUCGAAACGCCGGCUCGUAGUUCGUGUGUGCAAGGAGGUAGAAUACUGUCGGGACCACCGAUGUAUACAAAAAUGUUGUCCGACGGAUGCGGACGAUGGCGGCAGUUACACUUGCUCGCACAUUGCCAAGUCGGAGAAAAAUUUCUACGAGGAAAUCUUGAAUAUUACCGGAGGAACUUGGGAUAUGACAGAAUACGGUGUGCGGGUUGGACUCGAUUGUGCUAACUUUUACGAAGAAAACAUGAACGGUACAUACGGUGUAACAUCAAACGGAUUCCUCAAACUCAGUCCGUCAAUCUGGUUACCACCGGACAUGUACUGCGUGGACAGUCUGGUUACCGACAAUACCGACGGUUUAUUAGCUUUUAUCUGCUUCUUGAACGAUGGCGACGAUGCAGCCAGAUUGAUAAUUUCCUCUAUUCUUAUGGGAAUCAGCUGUAUCUUUUUAUUUUUGACACUGAUCGUCUACCUUUCUCUACCGGUGCUUCAGAAUCUGCAUGGUAAAACUCUGAUGUGCCAUAUCGCGAGCCUUUUGGUAGGUUACCUUUGCCUAACCAUAAUACCUUGGAUAACAGCGGAAAAUGACAAUAUUACACCGUGCGGUAUAGUAGGGUACAUCACGUUCUUCUCCAUGAUGUCGGCGUUUUCCUGGUUGAACGUCAUGUGCUUCGAUAUAUGGCAGACAUUCGGGAAAGUACACAGUAUCAGGAGUCAAAAUCACAACAAAAGAUUCCUGUUAUACGGUCUAUAUGCGUGGGGCAUGUCGAUAUUCAUCAUGUUCAUCUGUAUCCUGAGUGACCAGACGCAUAUUCUGCCAGAGAAUUUGAGGCCUGAAUUUGGUUUAGAACGCUGUUGGUUCAACCCGCUUUUGGGACACGCGGAAAUAGUUUUCUUCACGGCACCAGUCGCCAUCCAAUUGAUAACGAAUAUGGUGUUCUUUAUUCUCACGGCGAAGGAAUGCAACAAGGUGAAGGCUGAGAUAAGCAGGGUUUCGUGUUUAGACGUUAGGAGCAAACGAUUUCACAGUGACAAAACUAAGUUCAUCAUGAACGUGAAGCUAUUUGUCGUCAUGGGUAUAUCCUGGGGCGCUGAGGUGGUCUCUAGGUUGCUGAAAACAUACACCGGAGUCCAGUAUCAGGAUGAAUUAUUCUAUGUGAUGGACGUGGUCAACAGUCUUCAAGGUGUUUUGAUAUUCGUUUUAUUCGUGGUGAAGCGACGAGUUCAUAAAGCAUUGAAGAAACGACUGGGCUACGGUUCGAAGAAGAAACGCGAAGCCAGUUCGACGCUACAAGAUCCGUACAGAGUUGUGUCGCUCCGCCUUUCUCCCAAUCGUCUCGUUUAUUAUCGUUUACUAUCGUUUACUAUCGUUGUCAUUUUGGUAAUUAGCAAACGUUUCUCCAACGACGAGAAAUGGAAUGUCGUAGGGGCGUGCGAAACCACUCAAAGAAAUUCGUUGCCGUCGAAAAAGGGAACGAAAAAUUUUGCAGCAAAGCGUUUGUAAAUCGUUACGUCGAGUUUCGGUAAAAUUUAAACGGAAACAAGCUCGUUUCAACUUUUUGUAAGAAUAAUAAUUUAUCGCGUUUUAUUUAUGGUAAAAAUUAAUAUCACUCGUUGUUUGCGGAGCUGUUUACAUAAAUCUGACAGAACAAGCUUUUACUACCUUUUUCUGGCUUUAGUAGCUUUUCUACCGUAUAAAAUUGAUUUUCAACUAAUUUUAAUUUCAACGAAUCACAUAAAAUAACACAACCUUUAUUAGAGUCUGAUCCAUCUUGUCUAUCU